GCACACAGGAAGACCGUAUGCUCGAGAGCGCGCGUGUCAAUGCCGAACAAGAAGCAAAGAUGGCGCCAAAUACCGAUGUUUGAUGACUAUAGAUGUGUUUUAGCUCGAGAUUCACGCAUUCGGUAAUUUAACCAGUACUGAAAGUUCUACUGGGCCAGACUAAAAGUCUCUUUGUUUGAUAUCCGCGUUCGACUGCCUUGGCGGUUUGAGGUGUGAUGUUGAAUAUCUUUUCCUCACGUGAAUGAAGACUUUGGCACACGAGCACCCAUCAUGCACUGCCAGCGAUGCACCACAGCAAGACCGUGAAGCCGUGCGGUAUGUCACUCGCCCUGACCAGUCCCCCGCGGCCACCGUGGGAAAAUUUUGUUUUAAAAUAUUCCGUAUUUGAAGCAAAAUAUUUUCUACUUUCAAAUAAAAGACAAAAAGUACGGCAUUUUCAGUCCCUGAUGCUUCUUCAUCCGACUCCAGUGUUAUAAACGUGUUUGAACUGGAUGGCACAACCAAUUCAUUCCAAAUACAGCGGAUUCAUGACCUCGUUACUUGACAGGCGAUUUUCGCUCGAGAUUUCGUGUAAGCUUGGGGUUUGAGCCUUUCCUGGUGACGCUUCGCCCCAAGCCCAAGAAGUUGACUUUGGUUUCCUCAGGAGAACCCAUCGCUAAACGCAUGUUCAAUUGUCGCAGAGCGCACGUGCCGAAAAAGAAUGUAAUGAUCCUUUUGGGCUGGCAUCAGAACUGCCCGACUCCAAGUUCAACUCGAGCUCUGAGCUAUCUACCAGGACCAGGCCUCAUCACGGCAGGCUGCACAACGCGCAUGCGUGGUGUGCUGUGGUGAAUGACGCUGACCAGUAUCUGGAGAUUGCCCUAGGACUCGUGCGCAUGAUCAAGUCCAUCGCAGUUCAAGGAAACCCUACCGCUGACCAGUUUGUGACAUCAUUCGCCUUGGAGUCAUCUGUUGUGGCGGAAUCUUGGGUUCCGUAUGUGGAGACGGGGGCGCGUCGAAUUUUCCAGGGUAAUAGCGAUGGUGGUCGCAUUAUGAAGCACUCCCUUCUCCACGUGGUCACCGCCUCCCGUAUGCGCGUUAGGCCUAUCACGUGGUACGGUCACGUGUGCCUACGCGUUGAGUUGUAUGGCUGUGACGCAGAUCCUCUUGUCCCCCUGGGAAUGAACAGCGGAGAGAUCCCUUCCUGGGCCAUAACUGCCUCAUCUUCGUGGUAUCCUUCGGGUUAUACUGGUCCAGAACUCCACCCGGCAAACUACGGGAGGUUAUACUCUUCUAUUGCUAAUACCGACACGUGCUGGGCCAGCAGUGAGGUAGACACGGCUCCCUUUUUUCAAGUGAAUCUUGGUCGACUGCGUUAUGUAACGGCCAUUGCGACGCAAAGACGCUAUGGGGUGAGUCAGCGCGUCACUGCCUACAAUGUCAAGUAUGGGGAUUGUGUCACUUGGAAGACGAUUGAAGAAGACAGCGGACAAGCCAAGGUUUUCCCCGGGAAUACAUUAGAUAACGAGGAUGUCGUUCGCAAUGUGCUGCCUCAAGUUGUUCUAGCACGCUGCGUGCGCAUCUGCCCUACAGCCUGGGACCAACACUGCAGUCUGAGGGCGGAACUGUACAGUUAUGGCAUGGCGACUGCUUCAGAUCUAGUGGUUAGGAAUACUUACGCAGUAUAUAGCGCCUCGAGCAGACACGACUUUAACCACGAACCAGACUACGCGAAAUUCUCCUCCUACAAAGGUGCUCGUACGUGGUGCCCGUUAACAGUACAUGGUAACCAUUGGCUUCAAAUCUGCCUUGGUCACGUGACUCUUGUGACAGGAGUUGUCACGCAACGCCACGCAACCUACGCGACUUGGGUGACGAGUUUCCAAGUGGCCCACUCUCUGGAUGGAGUUAAUUUUCAAUAUUACAAUGAAGAACCUGGAGGGGCAAUCAAGACAUUUACUUGUGGAUCGCAAGUAACUACGGCCUGUAAGACGUUCUUCAUGUCAUCGAUCAAAGCAAAAUGCAUCCGGUUGCAUAUCCUAGCCUGGAAUAACCAAGCAGACGGUUAUCACCUGUGCAUGAGAGCUCAACUAAUUGGCCAUAUUAAGGGGACUGUUGGUGCGCCUGUGUUCUCCGACAUCGCUAGUGACGUCACCGUAUACCAACACGAAGAUGUUACCCUGUCUUGCAACUCCGCCGGCGAUCUGCCAAUCACGACCUCUUGGUCACGUGGCGACCAGGUGUUACAGACCAGUACCUCUCAGCCAAACCUGGCGCUGAGUAACGUAACAUCCUUGCAGACUGGGCACUACAAGUGCACCGUGACAAACGCGCGAGGAUCAAACUCAAGGAUUGUCCAUCUUCUCGUCAAAGAACCACUGAGCAUGUGUUCUAACUACGUCACACUCGCGGACGAUUCCCGCCUUUUCUCACGCGUGACCGCUACGCUUCAAACCGAUGACGUCAGCCUUAACGAGUCUAACUGGUACCUCCUUACUGGACAAACCGGUUACUACCGGCUUCCAGUGCGCGCCGUUCCCGAGGGUCGAUGCGGCGCCACGUCAUCUGGCUGGAUGAAUGGUGGGCACCCUAGCGUGCAAGACGGCGUCGUCAAGAGGACUGUCUGUUUCCAUAGCAACGCACAGAUGUGUCGCUACAGCGUGACGAUCCUUGUGCGCAACUGCUUCGGAUACCACGUGUACAGGUUCAAGAAAUUAGACGCCUCCUGGAACGCUCGGUACUGCGCUGAGAAUUUCAAUGAAGAUGGUGUCGACCAGCCUGAAGUGCGUCUCUUCUCCAGUCUCCCUCUCGACUUCGCCGACAACCAAGGAGACGGUCAUGUGACCCACAGAGAGUACCAUGUGACAAGUAACUUCGUGUGCAUGCAAUAUUGCAUGCUACAUCCGGGAUGUCGCACUUUCAAAUAUGUCGACUCCCUGAUGACGUGCAAGCUCAGUAAUUCCACUACCGCUGACCAGACUAUUCUGAACCAUGCUGUGGUUUUUCACGGUCAGACUGGCACGUAGCUAGAGGUGGGCCUGCGGGGGGAGGGGAGGGGGUGGUCGUGCAUCAUUCUCCCCUUGACCGCCUCUUUUACUGAAGAAUCGCCAAAUCUGGGAGUUUCUGCAUAUAAAUGUACCCCCCCUCCCCCUCCAACCCCCGCAGCAAAUCGUGGACAUACGCGUGCUGCGAGUUGUUCCUAAAGCCUGCUUUACACGACGUCUCAACUAUGAACGAAAGGUUUAGAGAAAUAAUGCAUGUGCAGUAGAAUUAUUUAUAACGUCAGCAGAUUACCUGGACACUUGGACAGCGGAAGGAAGCGGAAUUCGAUUCCCCAACCCCACUCUUUGCGACGCGCGGGUGAAACCGAGGUCAGACAUCAAAAUUUUAAACAAGAUGGCAAAGUUUGUUUUUAUCCUCGGUUUCACGCGCGAUUCUGAAGAGUGGGAAUAAAGUGGGUAAGGUGAAUUUAUUUUUCAUUUUGUUCUGUAUUAAUAUGCUGUCCACGUUGUCCGCAUUUUCACGUUCACAGUUAUUAAUAUAUAUUGUACUCACCUUUUCAUUCAACUGGUUUUAGAUCGAUAUCUAAAAUGAGCACUUUUUGUUUAGCAAACAUUUUUUUAGGAAACGAUUUUAAAACAGACUUUUUUUAUAAGAACAUCUAAUUUUCUGUUGAGGCUGGGCUGUUUUUAAAUUCCAGUGAUCAUAUGUUUACCUGAAUUAUAAGAGUAAGAAUUACACAUGUCA